UCUGUGGCUCCAGCAGAAAUAUAUUUCGGUUGAUUGGUGGCCACCAUGUUGACUUUGUAAACGGUUCUCCGGUGCCAUUUUCCCGCACGCAGACUGUUCUUUCCGUGGAUGCACGGAGCGCGAGUGUACCGGUCAAAAUGGUUUAACAGUUCAAACAUGUCUGAGACCGAGCAGCAGUACAUGGAAACAUCGGAAAACGGCCACGAAGUCGACGAUGAUUUCAACGGAGCCGGCCUCGGCGAGGAGGGGAUCGAAGACAGCGCCGUGAAUGAGUGCGAGGAGGCUGCGGGGCCCGACGCGCAGGCUGACGCCGACGCCGAAGCGGACCUGGACGGGGAUUCGCAGAACGGCGGCAACGAGGGCGGACAGAUCGACGCCAGCAAAGGCGAGGAGGAUGCCGGGAAAAUGUUUGUUGGUGGUCUCAGCUGGGACACGAGCAAGAAGGAUCUUAAAGAUUACUUCUCCAAGUUCGGUGAAGUGACAGACUGCACUAUAAAGAUGGACCAGCAGACAGGCCGGUCAAGAGGCUUUGGCUUCAUUCUCUUUAAAGAGGCAGUCAGUGUAGAUAAGGUUCUUGAACAGAAGGAGCACAGGUUAGAUGGACGACAAAUUGACCCAAAGAAGGCCAUGGCCAUGAAGAAAGACCCGAUCAAGAAAAUCUUCGUGGGCGGCCUCAACCCUGAUACUUCAAAGGAGGUCAUUCAGGAGUACUUUGGAACCUUUGGAGAGAUCGAGACCAUUGAGCUUCCCCAAGAUCCAAAGACAGACAAGAGGAGAGGAUUCGUGUUCAUCACAUAUAAGGAAGAGGCUCCCCUCAAGGUUAUGGAGAAGAAGUACCAUAACGUUGGUGGAAGCAAGUGCGAAGUUAAAGUAGCCCAGCCCAAAGAGGUCUACCAGCAGCAGCAGUACGGUUCUCGUGGAUAUGUUGGACGUGGCAGGGCCCGUGGAGGCCAAGGCCAGAACUGGAAUCAAGGCUACAAUAACUACUGGAACCAGGGAUACAACCAGAACUAUGGUUAUGGACAGCAAGGAUACGGAUAUGGCGGCUAUGGCAACUAUGACUACUCUGCUGGUUAUUACGGCUAUGGGGGUGGCUACGACUACAACCAGGGCAAUACAAGCUAUGGGAAAACUCCAAGACGUGGAGGCCACCAGAGUAGCUACAAGCCAUACUGAUCACACGUAGUGCAGGUAUGCAUUUUUGCAUCAUCCGUGGUAGUAUGAGAACAUAGAUGUAACCAUUGGUGCCUUUUUGAUCCCAAAGAUCUCCAUCUACUCUAAAUCCAUUCGAGCAUUGUGGUGGGGUUAGGGUAGGCCGUGUUGUGGGGGUCUGUGAUCAUUAAAGAUGGAUUCAUUCCACCUGUCAGCCAUCUUAAGAUGCAUCUCUACAAACACUACUUGAUCACUAAGGGUUGAGUUGGUGGUGGUUGAGAACAGAAAUAAGGACCGUUUCACCUUUUCCACAUGGGUGCUUCAUGUAAUAGUUAGCGGUCGUGUCCCCCCCCCCUCCCAAAGUGUCUGUUCAUUCACUGACUUGUCAAACUCAUUCAUGCACCUGUCUGUCUUUGUGUAACAGCAUGCCAUAUUUGGUUUAUUCUAAGUAACGUUAAGCACCAUGUUUUUCUCUUAAGGUCUAAAGUAAAUAUGAAAGAGAGAUCCAUGGUCUGACCACAGCGAACAUGGGCUCUGGCUUUUCCUUUGGAGUUGGCAGAAAUUUGGACUCAUGCUCCAUUUGUACAGAUCAAGUGAGGAACUGGGGAAGCAAAUGUCACUUUUCCACUUUUUAUUUUAUAUUGUUUUGUGUCAUUUACAUUUCCAGUGAUGGAAGUGUUAUUUUUACUGUACUUUUUGGUACCCUUUUGAAUCUAAUGUAUUGUAUGGUUGUAUUUUUACAUGUCUACUGGAUUUACAGAUGAGCAGGAGCAAGAGCUUUUAAAGCUCACAAUAAAACAAGUUUGCUUUUUUUUUAUUUUAUUUUUUUGGGUGUUUCUAACUCUUUAGUUACUUUCUCCCGUGCUGAGUGUUGGAUGCGAGUUGCAUGGCUUCAUAUGUGGGGUGAGGUUAAAAUAAGGGAUUUAAACUAAUCAAAGGGUUCAUUGUCAAGUGAAUGUUUGCAGAUGGAAUAGUAGACGAAGAAAACCAGCAUCUUCUUUUUUUUGGCUUUUAAGGAGAUUCUUCCCCCACCAUGUUUGCAAUUUUAAGUGGCUUUACUAGUGUUAUUCAACUGAACGCAAGCCUGUUAAUGUAAGAGGGUAUUCCCUCUCUCACUGGAAACUCAUUCCUCUAGUGUCUUGGGCAAAUUGGUAGAAAUAAACUUUUGGUUUCUAUUA